AUGGACUACGGCAAGCAAGAUCCACCCCCAUACAACCAGCCUCAGCCUCCCCGGCUGCCUACGCCGGCUACGGCGCUCCCCCGCCGCAGGGCGGUACUCCCUACGGCCAGCCCCAAGGCGGCUAUUAUCCUCCUCAGGAUCCCAACUACCCGCCUCCAGGCCAAUACGGACAACAGCCAGGACCGUACCAGCAGGGGCCACAGAUGGGCUACUAUCAGCAACAGCAACCUCCACCGGGAGCGUAUUAUCAGCAGGGACCCCCGCCGCAAGGGUACUACCAGCAGCCGGAAGAGCGGAAGAGCAACUCUGAUGUGA